AUGGCUAUAACUGUUGCUGAAGUAAAGCAAAAGAAAGGUGGCAUUUAUCCACUUGCAUUCUUGCCUGCUCUAGAGGGAGUAGGCUUCACUUCUGCUACAAGCAGUGAAAAACUUGGGUCAAGAAAGAAAAUGAAGGAGGAAAUUAUAUUGGCCCUAAGAGACCCAAACUUAAGGCGGAUUGGGGUCUAUGGGCUUGGCGGAGUGGGGAAAACCACUCUAGUUGAAGAAAUUGCUAAACAGGUUGAAGAUGACAAGUUGUUUGAUCGAGUUGUUGUGGCUAAUAUAUCCCCAGCUCCAGAUCUUGAAAGAAUUCAACGUGAAAUAGCAGAUCUUUUGGGUCUUCGCUUUGAGGAGAUGAGCAUACCUGGAAAAGCAUUACGCCUCGAGCAGAGGAUUGAAAAUGAGAAGAGUAUCCUGCUCAUAUUAGAUGAUAUUUGGGAUGUACUUGAAUUUAAAAAGCUUGGAAUCCCUUCGAAUGAUCAUGAGGGUUGCAAGUUAUUAUUCACUUCUAGAAAUCUAGAGAUAUUACAAAAAUUGGAGACUCAGAAAGAUUUCAAGAUGGAUGUUUUAAAUGAAGAAGAAGCUUGGAACUUGUUUGAAGAAAUGGUGGGCAAUGUUGUUAAAGAUGUUCAUUUGCGUGACGUGGCAAUCGAAAUAGCCCGAAAAUGUGGGGGCUUGAUUGUUCUUCUUGUGACAGUGGCGAGAGCAUUAAAAAAUAAAGAUAGUAUUGAUUCUUGGAAAGAUGCCUUAAACCAGUUAAUGGUUGUUGAUAAGGAAGGAAUGACUGAGAAAAUUUAUUCAACUUUGGAGUUCAGUUACAAUCAUCUAGAGGGUGAUGAUGUGAAGGCACUUUUCUUGCUUUGUGGAUUAGUAGGUCCCCAAAUUCAUGUUGAAUUCUUGUUGAAGUGUGCUAUAGGUUUAGGCAUAUUCAAGCAAACUUAUUCUCCAAAACAUGCAAGACUUAAACUUCAUAGCUUAAUUACUUCCUUAAAGGCAUCUUGUCUGUUGCUCGACAACUCAAAUGACAGAGUGAAAAUGCAUGACAUUGUACAUGAAGUAGCAGUCUCAAUUGCUUCAAGAGAUCAACAUGUUUUCAAAAUUGGAAGGGGUGAUGAGUUAAAGAAAUGGCCAUCGGAGGAAUUCCUUCAAAGAUGCACUCAAAUCAUCUUGGGCUGCUGUGACAUUUCUAUGCUUCCUGAAAGGUUACAAUGUCCUCAUAUUAAACUUUUUUGUUUGUCUAAUAAGAAUAAAUCUUUAACUGUCCCAGAAUCUUUCUUUGAGGGAAUGAAAAGCCUUAAAGUGCUAGCUUUGACUUUCGUACACUUACCUUCAUUGCCCCAAUCUUUUCAUUGUCUUAGUGACCUUCAAACACUUUGUUUGGAUCUAUGUGUUUUGGGAGACAUAACCAAUAUUAAAGCUUUAAAGAAUUUGCAAACUCUCAGCUUUUAUGGAUCUUCAAUGAUAGCGUUGCCUCUUGAGCUAGGGCAAUUAACUCAUCUUAGAAUGUUGGAUUUGACCAAUUCUGGAAUUGAAAUCUUCCCUUCUAACAUUAUAUCAAAAUUGACCAAAUUAGAGGAGUUGUAUUUGGGCAAUACCUCCGUCAAGUGGGACCAAGAAGAUUCAAAUGAGGAAAUUAAAACUGCUUCCCUUAUUGAACUUAGGCAUUUGACAAACUUGACUGCUCUAGAAAUUCAAAUCAAAGGGGCUUGGGUUCUACUAAGGGAUCUAAUGUUUGACAAACUGGAAAGAUACAAAAUAGUGAUAGGAGAUAUCUGGGAAUGGUCUAAUAAUUAUGGGGCAUCCAAAAUAUUGAAGGUCAAGCUUGAUACUGUCAUUCAUCUGGAGCAUGGGAUUAAAGAACUAAUCAAAGGAGUAGAGGAUUUGUCCUUGGAUGAAGUGAAUGGAAUCUCCAAUGUGCUUUACAAUUUGCAUGGAGAAGGAUUUCCUUUGUUAAAGCACCUUCACAUCCAAAAUAAUGGGGAAAUUCAACACAUCAUCAACUCAAUGGAGAGAAAACUAAUUAGUCAUGUUUUCUUUCCAAAAUUGGAAACCUUAGUACUCCAAAAUCUCAAUAAAUUGGAGAAGAUAUGUCAUGGCUCGUUUACGAAUAAUUCAUUUGCACAACUUAGAUCCAUCAAAGUAAAAUGUUGUGGUCAGUUGAAGUAUAUUUUCUCAGUGUUGAUGGUCAAAGCUCUUUGCCAACUUGUUGAGAUUGAAGUUUCAGAAUGCAGUUCUAUGAAAAAGAUUGGAUUGAGGAUUUUUAUUCUGGUUUGCUGA